AUGAUGGUGGUGUCCUUAAUGGCUGGGGUUAUCAUUGCAAUUGGUCAUCACUUGUAUUAUCAAUGGUUGAAUGAGCAGCGAGUGGGAGAUAGCAAUAGACAGCAAUGGGCACUGCGGUAAGUUCUCUUGUUGUUUUAGCUGAAAUUUCAUCUCACGCAGUGACGCAAGCAGGAUCGGAAACGGCCUUUCGAUAUUGGUGAACGUUCUUCUAAAAGCUGCUGUGGGAAUUGCUUAUGUCCAGUACCUGUGGAAGACGCUUUCAAGAAACUUUUUAUCGUUGUCGACAAUAAACGAUGCAUUCGGACUUGGGCAAAACCUCUUCUCCUUCCUCAAUUGGGAGCUCUUGCCCAAAAUAAGAGUAUGCGUGUUUUUGGCAUUGAUUUUAUGGUAAGAAGAAAUAGGACCCCGAUCACUCUAGAGACAUGGCACUGACGUUCGUCAGGAUACUUCCAAUUGCGUCUUUAUUUCCUCCAGCAACGCUUUCGGUUGUUAGAGGCCAAGCUGUAAAUGUCACGGAAGUGGAAGCGCUGAAUGUUGCACUCCAGGACUCUGAGUUCGUUAGCUUUUACGAUCCAUUCGGAAAAUAUUCAACAGCUCAGAACUUUCAAAAGAUGGUGUCAGGAAUAGCUGUCACUGGCGAUCUUCCCCUUCUUGUGAUACCGGAGAAUCUUGAACCAGGGAAUCUAACUUACCAACUCAACAACUACCUUCCACUUCUCCGCUGCAAUCCCGCAAGUGAGGCAGUGAAAAUUACCUUCACCAAUCUUCUGGCUCAGACUAGGGGAAACGAUGGGCCAUUUCCUGAAUUCAAUGAAACAAACAAUGCCACGUCUUUACUAGCGCUUGACGAACAUCUUGACUGGAGUUAUUUUGAUGCAAGUCGUGGACUGAAUGUCACCGGUGGGAUCGGCUACUUUGGAGUCAUACCCUAUAACAUGAUGCUGCAUGACAAUUCUUCAAGUACAGCCGCUUUGUGGAAUACCUCUCAGAGAUCAGAUGUAGAUUCCCUGGAUACUCUAGGCCAGAUAUGGAUUGCUAUAGCAAAUUAUGAUGGAGGAAAGAAAGAAGUAGAGUUCAUCAAUUGCGAACUCUACAAUGCGUCCCUUGGUUUAAACGUCACUUUCGUGAACGACGUCUCCACAGUCCAGAUUGAGAGAAGAGAGUGGCUAGAACCAAUCAAUCUAGCUUCCAUGAACACUCAAGGCGCUCCCCCAGACCUCCUUUCUUAUUCCAUAUUCUUUGUCGAAGUUUGUUCAUAUUUGAUGGGGACUUUCGGGUGGUCCAAGGUCGCCGCCAAUGGAGAAAAUACGAGCGUGGAAUCGACAGCUGGUUUUGUGGUACAUACGAACGAGCUGAUGAGCACCAAUCUGAUAUUUCACUCUCAACUGAAUGACAUGAGAUCAGCAAUCAUGGAGAUAAUAGGCGAGGAAUGGCUGGAGUACGUACCUUAUGAUAUCCAAAACAUACUCUCUCCGCACUUGUUGAAGAGUUUGUCCUGAACUCCACUUUGGGCGCGCUAAGCAAUUGGGAUUUUUGGUACUUUGGUUAUCUCUAGUUACUCCUGCGUAUCUCGACUGACUUACUUUGAACAGUGAGUAUGAGAAUGUGACAGUCUCUAUUGCCACAGCGCAGAACGUAUACUUGUACGAAAGCCGCAGUCUCGUAAUUUCCUACGCGCUCGCGGCAGUAGCUUGUAUCGCCGCCGUCAUAGUGGGUCUGUAUGCGUUGCACUGCAACGGGGUUGGGUACAAUUCCACGGUCACCACUUUCGCCGUAAAGAUGCAAGAUUCCAAGGUAAGCAAACUUACAUUUACAAAGACGGAAAUCUAACUUCCUCAGGUCAGAGAUGUCCUGCGCCAAUACCCUGGAGGAGCGCAGUCGGUCGACAGAAACCUUGGUAAAGUAAAAUUGCGAUUUGAAAUAGGGAAUGGGUUUAUAGUAGAUGAUUCAGGUUCAAGGCUCCCUGUCUAA